UGCGAACUGCGCUUGUUCUCGACUCUUUUCAUGAGAUUCAAGCUUGUCUCAAAGCACAGUUGUACUUUUAAAUUUGAAAUGUGAUAUUCUUGCAUGCACUCAACAGUUGCUCAACAUAUACAAGAUUCCUUUCUGCAAGUGCACAUGUCAUCAUGUCACGGCCCGGAGGCUUCACGUCUGAACAGGGGGAGAAACAGGACAAGUUUAUUGGUGCUAAAUGAAACGUGAAUGUCAAGGAUCUUAUUUUAAACGCUAGACGCUCAUUUGGUUUCUCCACCACGCUCAAGUCUUAUUCUCUAACGCCAUGUCUAACUUCUCGUUUUGCUGGUAGUCAACAGGAAAUCUGCAAAACCACAGACUGUUAAACAAACAGACUGCCAGUUUCAACACGCAAGACUUUCAGAGCUGUUGAGCGUCAGCACACGUUUCUCAUACAUAUGAUUAUAAAAUAGCUUAGCAUUUGAACAAAAGUUGGUUUAGUAUAUCAUGCGCAUCUAUAGUGCAUUUCUAUACAUGAGCCCAUUCCACUAGUUAAACUGACAUGGGCCAAAUAAAUAGGGGUGGAUCAGGGCCGUAAGAGAGGAACAGGAAGAGACUGUGAAGCAGUGAAGUUGUCGAUGCAUCGUGUCAGCUUCUAGCUCUUUUCAGAUUCGUUUGUGCGAAACACUCAUAUAGUUUAGCUGAGAUAUGUGGGAACUAAUGCUUGUUCGUACACGGAGGUGAGAUGCAUGUGGGCUUUACUUGACAUUCCGCUGAGAGGACCUCGUUUUAACUCAUCUAAGGUUGAGAAGGCUCUCACAUUUUCUUCCAUGGACAGCUCGGCAGAAGCUACGAUGAACUGCUCCGAGGUCAAAGUUGAAACCUCGGUGGACAAGCAGUUGGAACCUCUUCUCAUCCUCGAGGAGGGGGAUGAACCUUCGGCUGUGAUAAACAGCAGCAGAGGAAGGACCGUACUGAGAGUUAGGACGGCCGAUGAAAACACAAAGGAUGACAUUAGAGAAGCCACAGAGGGAAGUUCACAUGAUCACAACAGUGUCCAAGUAGGAAAAGGUGAGCGUGAAACAAUGCAAGCAGAAAUGAAUGAGGAGAAGAAUGCAACUCUAGAAAGUCAACAAGAAGAGAAGGUGGAAGAUCACGCGGGUCGUGAAAUUAUUACGAAAACCGACAAGGGACUGUCAGACGGGACGGCUGCGGGACCGGAGAAGAUGCUACAAGUAGAGACUCAAGACAAAUCAAGCGCUCAAGGAGAAGUAAAACUGCGGCCCAAAGACAGACUGAGCCCUGACGAUGCAAAGCAAACGGUUCACAGGAUAUCUCCAGAUUUCCCAGACGCUUUGUGUGAGCUGUUGUUUGCGUUACAAGAGGGCCGGCGACUCAAUGACCAGCGCUGCUCGUUCCGUCUGGAGCGCCGCAGGAGGUGUUACUCAGAGCCCUGCACACCUCGCCACAGCCAGAGAGUGAUGUUCUCCUCCAUGACGUCCCUGCAGAAGGAGGAGUUCUUCGAUUUGUUGGCAACCUCUCAGGGUCGUCGACUGGAUGACCAGCGAGCAGAGCUCCAGAACGCUCCCUCUGCCCCCCCACCUCCGCUGCCCAAAGCCAAACAGAGGAAGAGCAGCUGGAAGAUCCCAGAGGUCACCCGGACCGUUCCCAUGCAGACACCCAAAGAGGACUUCUACAACAUGAUCGUCAACUCACAAGCUCAGGGGCGGCUGGAGGAGCAGCGCAGUGCCGCUCCAGGACCGAUGGACGAUGAAGAUUUCUUUGGUUUGUUGCUGAAGGUCCAGGGCGGUAGAAUGGAUGAACAGAGAACGGAGCUCAAACCUGUUCAUUAAUAGAUGCUCUGACGAGCUGAGUAUCAAACGGGAGGUUCCUGCUUUACUGGGCCCGUUACAGUGUGUGAGUUUAUCAUGUCAGACUCUUUCCUGUCCAGAUAACUAUAAAGAUCAGACUACCAGUAUAAGAAAACUUGCACUACUUCUUGCUACACUUACUGCGCUUGAAUUCAUUGCUCGAUAAUGAACGGGAGAGUCACAGAAUAUCUCUUGCUUUAAAGAUAAAGGUCACUUGAAGGAUCUCUGCUCUUUCUGUUAUGUACAUGCUACAGUAAGAAAAUAAAGGUUUAAAUGUGAA